AACCGCUUUAGGACGUUUAGUGCCAAAAUACAGGCUUUAAGCUUUUCUGUGACUCAGAUCUGAGCCAUGCUUUGUGAAGGCAGAUUGUUGAUCAUGACCUACUGUGAAUUCGAAGAGCUGGACUCCCUUCCUUCUGAGCCAGCUUUCCAGAAUGCUUAUGGGUCACAGAAAGCAGCUGCUGCCCUCAUACCAGCUUCCACCAGACAUGCUCCGCUUGUUCAUCACAGUUCCCCGGAGAAGAUGGCUACAGACAACCGAAGGGCUUCAGCUGAGUUGUACAUUUCUCCUUUGCAGUCCUUAGAUCUUCAGAGAGCUCAUCUAGGCAGGCAGAUCUCUCGAGAGAUAGAGAUCCCGGCCCAAGCUCACUCAGGUGGCGAUACCCCUUUCUUGGUUCCCUCGUUCUGUCAGAGCUUUUGCAAAAACUACAGUGACCUUCAUAUUGCAGGUGACCAGGUGCUGCCUCUCUCAGCUAAUAAUUGCGAGCUGAGGGUUUGUGCCAAUGUCUUGGAUGUUGGUCCCUUUAUCCAGUCUUGUGAUGUGCCCCCAGCUGUGGAAGAUUCCCUCCAAGGACACGAAGCUCGGGAUGGGAUGCUGUUUCCACUGAGGGGAGGUUCGAAUCGGUGGAGACUGGGGAGCGGCCGUGAUCGGAGCUUUUUGCUCCAGGGACAUGAAGGUCCAUUUUCCAACUCCCUUCUGAAUCACUACCUGGAGCAAAAGCUCCUGGAUCUGUAUCAGCAAUACAUGAUGGAGAAUAUGGCAAGAGAAGGAGCCCCUGGUUCAGACUCUGACACAAGUGCCAUUUGCCCUUUACUGGGCUCAGAGCUGGUCCUCACCAGCCUGGACCAAAUCACUUUGCAGCUCAGCCGGGAGGGCAACAUGGAGGCCGGCUUGGCCAAGGACAUGGUCCUGAGCUGCUUCCUGCGAGUUGCUGGUGAUAUGCAGUCAAGUGAGAUCAGUACUCCCUUUCUGCAGAUUUCUAAUGAGGCAUCCAGGGAGCAACUCAGAGAGAGUAAUGAGUGACCCCACUGUCAAGGAACUCCUU